GCGAUUAUUAUUGUCGCGUUGCCCUGCGCACAAUUGUCACCGACUGUCGCAAAUUCCAGCGCCGCGCUACUGCCGUUUCCAGCCACUAGCAUAGCUAGCAACAAGGUCCGGCCUGGCGCACACCAAGCAGGAAAAGCGACCAUGUUUAAUGUCGAAUAGCUGUCUGAAAGCGUUUACCUGACGGUUAACGGGGAUAUUCGUCGAGUGAGAGGGCUAAAAAUUGCGUGGGAGGUGGAACAGCGUGAACGUUGUGGCCGCUGCCUGCGGUCGGAGCGGAGAUGAUCAUGAUGAUCUAGGUGUUUCUGCUCGGGUCGUGUGUACGCUGCCAGCCAGGCUCGGAAAAUGGUGCGUUGCUGUGUGUGUUGACGUGAAGAGGACACAUGGACACGGCCGAGGAAGCUGAUAUAUGCAGGGUGUGUAGGUCGGAAGGUACCCCCGACAAGCCCCUCUACCACCCUUGCGUCUGUACGGGCAGCAUCAAGUUCAUCCACCAAGAAUGCUUGGUGCAGUGGUUGAAACACAGCAGGAAGGAGUACUGCGAGUUAUGCAAGCACAGAUUUGCUUUUACGCCAAUUUACUCCCCAGACAUGCCCUCGAGGCUCCCCGUUCAGGACAUUUUCGCGGGACUGGUGACAAGUAUUGGCACGGCCAUUCGCUACUGGUUCCACUACACGCUUGUGGCCUUUGCCUGGCUGGGGGUGGUUCCGCUCACGGCAUGUCGCAUCUACAAGUGUCUGUUUACUGGCUCUGUGAGCUCCCUACUGACGCUGCCACUGGAUAUGCUGUCCACGGAGAACCUGCUGGCAGACUGCUUGCAGGGCUGCUUUGUGGUGACGUGCACCCUCUGUGCAUUCAUCAGCCUUGUGUGGCUGCGUGAGCAGAUUGUCCAUGGCGGUGCACCCCAGUGGCUGGAGCAGAACCAACAGCAGCCUGCCAAUGCUGCCGGACCAGCCAACCAGGCCCCUGGUGCGGGGCUUAGGCCUGCCGAGAACCCUGCAGCUCCACCAGCUCCUGAUGACCCCCCAGGGGACAAUGCAGCAGCAGCAGCUGAGGCACAUGAUGUCCUGCCAGAUCCUGCCCAGGACCUGGAAGCUGACAUUGGGGAUGAAGACGAGGGGGUGGCUGAGGACGGUGGUGACGGCAACAAUGGGGCGCAAGAUGAUAUGAACUGGAAUGCCCUGGAGUGGGACAGGGCAGCUGAGGAGCUCACCUGGGAGAGGAUGCUUGGACUUGAUGGCUCCUUGGUUUUCCUGGAGCAUGUCUUCUGGGUGGUUUCGUUGAAUACCCUCUUUAUUCUGGUGUUUGCUUUUUGUCCCUAUCACAUUGGACACUUCUCCGUUGUGGGACUUGGGUUUGAAAACUAUGUUAAAGCUUCUCAUUUUGAUGGCCUGAUUACCACCAUCGUGGGCUACGUGCUGCUGGCUGUGACCCUCAUAGUGUGCCACGGCCUUGCGGCACUGGUCAGGUUUCAGCGAUCCCGCCGUCUGUUAGGGGUCUGCUACAUCGUCGUAAAGGUUUCUCUGUUGGUGGUUGUGGAAAUUGGUGUGUUUCCUCUCAUCUGUGGCUGGUGGCUUGAUAUUUGCUCUCUGGAAAUGUUUGAUGCGACGCUGAAGGACAGAGAGCAAAGCUUCAAGUCAGCCCCUGGUACGACCAUGUUUCUUCACUGGCUUGUGGGAAUGGUCUACGUCUUCUACUUUGCCUCCUUCAUCCUCUUACUGCGAGAGGUUUUGAGGCCUGGCGUGCUGUGGUUUCUGCGAAACCUGAACGAUCCCGAUUUUAACCCAGUCCAAGAAAUGAUCCACCUGCCAAUAUACAGACACCUCAGAAGAUUCAUUUUGUCUGUGGUUGUGUUUGGAUCCAUUGUGCUGUUAAUGCUGUGGCUUCCCAUUAGGAUAAUUAAGCAGGUUUUCCCCAGCUUUCUGCCUUACAACGUGAUGCUUUACAGCGAUGCCCCUGUCAGCGAGCUCUCCCUGGAGCUGCUGCUCCUGCAGGUGGUGCUUCCGGCACUGUUGGAGCAGGGCCACACCCGUCAGUGGCUGAAAGGCCUCGUACGCGCCUGGACUGUUUCUGCAGGAUACCUGCUGGACCUCCACUCCUACCUUCUGGGGGAUCAGGAGGAGAAUGAGAACAAUGGCAACCAGCAAGCCCGCAACAACAAUAAUGCAGCUCCCGUAGUGGGCGAGGGGCUUCAUGCUGCACAUCAGGCCAUCCUGCAGCAGGGAGGGCCUGUGGGCUUCCAGCCAUACCACCGGCCCCUGAAGUUUCCUUUCAGAAUCAUGCUGCUCAUCAUGCUGAUGUGUGUGACACUGCUGCUGGCCAGCCUGCUUUGCCUCACGCUACCCGUGUUUGCAGGCCGCUGUCUGAUGUCAUUCUGGACGGGCGGCGCCAAAGUGCACGAGCUGUACACUGCGGCAUGCGGCCUUUAUGUUUGCUGGCUCACCAUCCGCGCAGUCACUGUCAUGCUUGCCUGGAUGCCUCAAGGCCGCCGAGUCAUUCUGCUCAAGGUGCAAGAGUGGAUGCUCAUGAUCAUAAAGACCCUCAUAGUCGCUGUCCUGUUGGCUGGGGUCAUCCCCCUGCUGCUGGGACUGCUGUUUGAGCUGGUCAUUGUGGCCCCACUCCGUGUCCCCCUGGACCAGACCCCGCUCUUCUACCCCUGGCAGGAUUGGGCCCUUGGAGUGCUUCAUGCCAAAAUCAUAGCUGCUAUCACACUCAUGGGUCCGCAGUGGUGGCUGAAGACUGUAAUUGAGCAGGUGUAUGCCAAUGGGAUCCGCAACAUCGAUCUGCAUUUCAUCAUCCGCAAGUUGGCUGCUCCUGUCAUCGCAGUGCUGCUGCUGUCCCUCUGUGUCCCUUAUGUCAUUACUGCUGGCAUUGUCCCUAUCAUAGGGGUCACUGUAGAAAUGCAGAACCUGGUACAGCGGCGCAUCUACCCAUUCCUCCUGAUGGUGGUGAUGCUUAUGGGAAUCCUGUCCUUCCAGAUCCGCCAAUUCAAGCGCCUUUAUGAGCACAUCAAGAACGACAAGUACCUUGUUGGACAGAGGUUGGUGAACUAUGAACGCAAGACUGGCAAGACGAGCCACCCGCCACCUUCGAGCUCUCCUCAGGAGUAGAUUGCCUGGCGGACAGCCCCCACCCCCUUGUUUAUUUCACCUCUGACCUUCCAAACCCUCAUUUCCCAUGACACGCCCCCUUGUUCUCUCAGAACUGUACAUGUGUAAAUAGACGGGAACAGAACAACACUGAGCCUUGAAUUGAAAGAAUGUGUGUUGUACAUCUUAAAAAUAUGUAUAUUAAUUUAUUAAAUCUAGUUGUCACUUUAUAUUGUGGAUUCAUAUUGUUGGGUCUGGAAGAUGGGACUGCUAUACAGGAUUCUCCUGGUCGUUGAUAGAGGUAUAAUGCCCUGCUUUCAGCAGAUGAUGUCCUCAGAUGUAUUUCCACCAGUUGUUUGUUCGUGUUUGGACACAACCAGGGAGUAAGGCAGUUGUUGGAAAUUCCUGGGCUAUGAAUCUGCCUGCACUCCAUGGUGCUGACCUUUACCUUUA